AUGGCUCUUCAUCAAACAGAGGCGGACUGGCCAGGUGGGACAAAACCAAUAAAUCAGACUGCAAUAAAUUCUACUGCUAUAAUUCAAAAGAAUCAUCUGUAUGAAAGUGAUUUAACAAGUGACGUUGAUAUUACUUUAAAUUCAUCCAUUAUUAAAAAUCAGGUAGACACAGCUACAGAGAAUUUAUUGUGUGAUAGUAAUUCUACUGCAAAAGUUCAUAAGAAUCAUCUACAUGAAGGUGAUUUAACAAGAGAUAUUGAUAUUGAUUUAAAUUCAUCCAUUUCUAUAAAUCAGAUAUGCCCAGCCACAGAGAAUGUAUUGGAAGCUGAAUCUCUAGAGUAUCAUUUGCCAUCUAAUGAUGAAUUAUUCAAACUAAACAAAAAUCCUGAUAUCCUCCAAAAAUUAAACUUCAUCAAAAAACAUCCUAUCCAGCCAUCAUUCUUCAGCAAUAUCCAACUAGAUUUACAAAAGCUCUAUUUUAGAAAAACAUCAGAUGGCAAAAAAAUUUCACGAAAGUGGUUAUCAGUCCUCUGUAUUGAUAAUAAACUCAAAGCUUUAUACUGUCCGUUUUGUAUUGCAUUCAGUUCAUCUCCUACUACAUUUCCUAAUGGCUGUAAUAAUUUUAAACAUAUCCAUGAAGUUGUUAAAAUACAUGAAGAAUCGUUAACACACAGGCAUUCAGUAGAAGCCUAUAUUCAAUCGUCAAAUGAUAAGUCUGUUGAAUUUGGUAUUAAUAACAAUUUAAUGGCAUUAAAAAAAAGUCAAAUACAAGAUAAUAUCCAUGUUAUAAGUGAAGUUUUUGAAAUAGUUAAAUUUCUUGGUCGUCAAAAUUUACCAUUUAGAGGUCCUAAAAACUCUGAAAGUCUGUAUAAGUGGAAUGAUGAAGACAAUUUAAACAAAGGCAAUUUUUUGGAGGGUUCACUUGUAACUUUAUUGUCUAAAACUACUGUGAAUAAAGUUAUUUUAUCUAUCGUGAAAUCGAUAAGAGAUAGAAUUAAAUUAGAAUUAGGUGAACAAAAUUUUAGUUUACAGAUUGAUAGUACACAAGAUAUUGGUGUUGUAGAUCAGGCAGCAGUAUGCAUCCGGUACAUUUAUGAAGGAGAAGUAAAAGAAAGGUUAUUUGCUUUAUUAAAAGUUGUUGAUUCAUCAGGAAAUGGCUACUAUGAUAUGUUAAAAAAACUUUUUUCUGAACAUUCCAUUAAUUUUAAUCAUAUUAUUGGUGAAUCAUUUGAUGGAGCAGCUAAUAUGAGAGGGGAGUAUUCAGGACUACAAUCUAAAAUUAAAAGUCAAGAAAAUCAAAAAAGUGUUUAUAUAUGGUGCUAUAGUCAUGUGCUUAACUUAUGUGUAUGUGAUACUUGUAAAGGCGUAGAAGCUAAAAAACUGUUUGGAUUUUUGAAUCGAUUAUCAACAUUUUUUAGUGAUUCUUAUAAACGUAUGCACAUAUGGUUAAGUGAAAUUGAUUCAAGUUUGGGGUCUAAUAAAUUGAAAAAACUUCAAAAAAUAGGAGAAAACAAUACGCGAUGGUAG